CAGUGAGGAAACAGAGAGGCAGAGCAGCGUUGCACCACUUUCAGUGAGACUGUUAUUUACUAUAAAAGCUUGAUUUCAGACUGAGCAGCAGCAGCAGCAGCAGUGGUGUUGUUGUCACAGACACACACACACACACAGACAAACCGUGGAUGUAAUGCGUCUUCAUUAGGUUCAAAGACAAAAGUGUGGAUUCACCAGAGGAUCAAAGUGGAGGAGUGGGAGGAAUCGCGCAACUCUGGCUGAUUUAUGUCGAUCAUGUUGAGGAUCCAGUUUGUGCUUUGGAGUCACGUCCAAAACAAGUGUGAAGCCAGAGGAUGACGACAGCCAGUCCAGUCAGCAGCCCCACCUCCUCCCACUCCACCCAGUGCUCCCCUGCCUGCCUCCCAGCAUGCCACAGACAGCUGAGGAGGGGCCAGUUUCUUCACACCAAACUGCCCCUGCGCUCUGCCCCCGGCGUGUGGCUUAUGCUGGGAGUGCUUGUGGUUCUGGUGGGGUUGAGCGUCGCUGUGGCGGGUUAUGUGUCCGCAGCACCAAAGCCCGUGGGAGGCCGCGGCAGCACCCAUGCAGAGAGGAUGAAGCUGACUGGGCCGGUCGUCAUGGGAGUCGGCCUGUUCAUCUUCAUCUGCGCUGCCACGCUACUGUACGAGAAUCGCGACCGCGAAAACCUCAGACACGGGACACCUGAUGACCUGGAGAACCUGAAGGUAGGAUACAACUGGGAGGAUUCACAGGAGCAGCCCAGCUGGGAGUGUAAAGACGGAGAUCGGGGAUUCUGGGCCACACCGGCCCACACACUCCCCCUAUCGAACCAGAACUGGGUCUCUCCUCUUACUCCUUCUCUGCCUAGCGCCUGCAUGCUCGUCAGCAGCAGACCACUGCCUUCUGGAGAUGCAGGAGAUAAAGAGAAGGUGGACAAAAGGGAAAAGGAGGAGGAGGUGGAGGAGGAGGAGGAGGAGGAGAGGGAGGGGAGGUCAACCCUGCUUGCCCGAGUUCUGCACCACCAGGAACCGACACCCCACCCUCCGUCCCCCUGCCUGUCCGUCUCUCACAACUCCAUUUACUCAGACUCGUGCAACUCUAGUGAGCUCCACUUCAACAUACGGACAGACUCUCGUCAGCCGCCUCAGCACUGACCACCCCCUGCUGGUCUGAACCUCGACUGUCUCAUGAAACAUGCAUGAAGAGAUGCAGAUUGAAGUUCCAUGUGUAGAAGACAAGAGCGUGCAUUCCUCAAUAAACAGCUUAAAUGUUG